UCUUGAUCUCUCCGAGGGCGUGUGGGCGGUGUCACAAUUAACGGAAGGCGUGAUGAAGGCCAUAGCAAGCCCGCCCUCAUGUAGCCACGCCCUCCUGUGUGACGCUGCUUCCUCGGCCGCGUCUCGGGGUCCUCUCGCUGCCUCCUUCACCGCCCUAGCCAGCGAAUGGCUGGCGAGGUGGCCGGGUCUGCAGGAGAGCGGCUUCGGCCCAGUCACUCGCCGGGCGGGACUCGAGCGAGAUUGCAGUCACUACGCCAGACACAACUGCACGAGUGUGCAACUUCAUGACUUCGAUCUGCAACAUAUCUUGAACGAUCCUGCAACGUUACCGAUGUGGAGGAACGCUUCGGAUGGUCUUAUGCAACCUUUACUUAAUUCUUAUUGGCAAAGUCGAGAUAUUAGGGAAGAAAAAGAGUUAAUGUAUGGUGGUUAAAAGAUUUUACAUUCAGAUUUAGUGUAAAGGAAAUAUAUUGUAUGUAAAAAGUCUGAAGAGGAUCUUAGGUUGUAUGAGUCAAAAAUAAAUAUUCAGAAUUAUGAUACUUGGUUCUUUAUAACUUCAAUAUUCCUCGGUAAACAGUGGAACAGGCGUAAGAGAAAUAAAUGGUGAGAAAGAAUCAUCAACGUGUAGAAAAUUAACUUCAUAACCAGUUCACUAGAAAUAAUCUGGUUAUCUAUUUA